CGCAGUCUCACACCCUGGCGCCCUUCGCCACCAGAGAGUCCUGCAGAGGCACGCCGCGGGAGUCACUCCGUCCGCUACGCCCCUUUAGGAAACAACUAGCAGGAGGCACUGCUCCAGGCGACGACUCGACACUGAAGCCGGCUCCGGGGGUCGCCCGCGGAGCCUCUUAACUCCUCGUCUUGGGGGAUGGAGUUGGCAAGUGCCAAGGUGGGACCAGCAGAGCCGAGCCGGGAACGGCGUUCACCCGGGCCGAGGCCGCAGCCGGAGCGUUUGGGAGACGGGACCGCGGGAACCCGGAAACGCCUGGGCCGCACCGGGCCGGCGGCAGCGACGGCGGCGGUAGCGAGUGGCGCUGCGCUUCAAGGGUCGCGGGGGACCCGGCGGGCGCCGCAGACUGGGGCGCCGGGCCGAGCUGAGCCGCCGCCCCCAGUACGCGCAGCCGGCCGAGCUGCGCGGAAGGCAAAUGAAGAUAAAACAAUGUCCGCCAACCUAAAAUACCUUUCUUUAGGAAUUUUGGUCUUUCAGACUACCAGUUUGGUUCUAACGAUGCGUUAUUCUAGGACAUUAAAAGAAGAGGGGCCUCGUUAUCUAUCAUCUACAGCUGUGGUUGUUGCUGAACUUUUGAAGAUAAUGGCCUGCAUUUUAUUAGUCUACAAAGAUAGCAAAUGUAGUCUAAGAGCACUGAAUCGAAUACUACAUGAUGAAAUUCUUAAUAAACCUAUGGAAACACUUAAACUUGCUAUUCCAUCAGGGAUAUAUACUCUUCAGAAUAAUUUACUCUAUGUGGCACUGUCAAAUCUCGAUGCAGCUACUUAUCAGGUCACAUAUCAGUUGAAAAUUCUUACGACUGCACUAUUUUCUGUGUCAAUGCUUAGUAAAAAAUUAGGUGUGUACCAGUGGCUCUCCCUAGUAAUUUUGAUGACAGGAGUUGCUUUUGUACAGUGGCCCUCAGAUUCUCAAGAGCUUAAUUCUAAGGAACUUUCAGCUGGCUCACAAUUUGUAGGCCUCAUGGCAGUUCUCACAGCAUGUUUUUCAAGUGGCUUUGCUGGGGUUUACUUUGAGAAAAUCUUAAAAGAAACCAAACAAUCAGUGUGGAUAAGAAACAUUCAACUUGGUUUCUUUGGGAGUAUAUUUGGAUUAAUGGGAGUAUAUGUUUAUGAUGGAGAAUUGGUGUCAAAGAAUGGGUUUUUUCAGGGAUAUAAUCGACUGACCUGGAUAGUAGUUGUUCUUCAGGCACUGGGAGGCCUUGUAAUAGCUGCUGUUAUUAAGUAUGCGGAUAACAUUUUGAAAGGAUUUGCAACCUCUUUGUCCAUAAUAUUAUCAACACUGAUAUCUUAUUUUUGGCUACAAGAUUUUGUACCAACCAGUGUCUUUUUCCUUGGGGCCAUCCUUGUAAUAACAGCUACUUUCCUAUAUGGUUAUGAUCCCAAACCUGCAGGAAAUCCCACUAAAGCAUAGUGGUAAUUUAUCUGGUUUUUCACAAUGGUGCACUGGGAAUCUCAACAUUAAUGCUGCACAGAGGACUUCUACAGAUUCUAAGAGAAAAUCAUCAUGCUGAAUCUGAUCAUAAUGUUCAAAUGGUUUGAAAAUAUAAAAGUUUAAGGAUAAAAUAUACAUAUAUGUAACAAAAUGCCUAUUGCAUAUAAAAAUCAAAACUUGAAAGUAUUUCCAGGGAUUAGAAUAAAUUACUAGAGGAAAUUUAAAAUCUGAGUUCUUAAAAAGAUAUUAUGUUUUUGAUUACUGCAGAAAUAUCCUAUGCACUCUUUGAAACAGCACACAGCAAGUGUCAGACAUCAAUUUUGCAAAUUACAUAUAUUUAAUUUUAUUAAAUGUUUUUUAUCUUAUUCUUUCUGUACAGAUAUAUCAAAUAACAUGGAUAUUCAAAGUUUGAACAUUAUAAUUAUAAAGCUGUGAAGAAAUAGUAUGAUUUGAAAAACAUUUUCACAUAUCUCAGAUUUUUAUAUUUAUACAGAAGAUUACUAAACAAAGGAUUGCUAUAUGUUGCAAAUGUUCAAAUGCAUAAAAGUUGAUAAAGUAACUUUCUGGGUCUGAUUUGUCAGAGAAUAACAUUCAUAUUUAAAUUUAAUAUAAAAAAAUAUACACAUCUGUUUCUCCAUCUAAACUUUAAGACCUCUUUAGUGCUUUGAAACUGCUGAAUGCGAUCCAUUCGUUCCUAUGCUAGACAGUAGCCAGUGGCUUUUACAUUAAUGGAGUUUGUCCUUUAUCUCUUAAUUGUAUUUCUUUUCUGUAAAUUGGAUAAAUCCUUAAUAUUACUUUAAAAUAAAUUUCUCUCUGUGUUAAUUUCCAUCAAAGUUUUAAAAUGUAAUUUAAAGGGGUUAAAUACUCAUUUAAUAAUUUAAAAUAAUAAUUAUUGUCUAAUGUCUCCAUUUGGAGAAUUUUAAACUAUCAGAGCAUAUACUCUACACACUAGAGCAUUUUUAGAUGAUGAUUUUAUUCAUUGAUCUAUAACUGAUGACAAAACAAACAAAUAUAUAAUAAUAUAGAUAUCAAUAAAUUGAGACCAGAAUGACUUAGACAUUCCAGAUUGCCAUGAUAUAUUUUAAAUGGCACUAUAGCUAUAAAUUUAAAGUGUUCAGAAGAACUUUCUAGGCCUCUCAUAAACCCACCAUUCCUAGGAAUAUUCUGAUCAAAUGUCUGAGAGAGGCAGCCAAAUUCUGAACUCCCUUUUUGUGACCUUACAAAAGCUUCCAAGAAAGAGCCACAACUUUGCUUUACAGUAGUGGUUUAUUUUCCAUUUCUUUUCCGUUUGAUUAGCACUGGAAUUGAGAUUGCAAAUUACAUGAGUUAUGGUUCAGGGAGAGAAAAUGUAGCAGAAAUGAUCAAAUGAAUUGGUGGGCACAAUUACUUUCUAAAAUUGAAACAGGGGUUUAAUUUAUUGUUGACUAGAGACAGAAUUACCUAUUGUGUAUAAAAGUAUUGUACUUUAUUUUUUCCUUCAUGCAUUAUGUAUUUUUAAAAGUCUCCUGUUCUAAUUGUAUAAAAACUGUAAAAAAUAAAUAUUUUUAUAUAAUUCUAA